AUGACCCGCAGUGGCAUAAGAGCUGGUGGUCUCAAUCUGCCAACCACUUGCACCUUUAUCGAAUCAGUCCCCAUGCCACCUGAGAACCAUCUUGUUCUCUACACAGGCAGAUGUCCAGCCAAGUUUCGAUUUCCCGAGGAUAAUUUUGUAGAGGAAGAUGGCAGUAUCAAUAUGGCUACUAUCGGGACUUACCCUGGUGGGGAUUUCAACGCUAGCAGUCGCGCCUGGUAUUUCACAACGGAGUACGAAACAGCAGAUAUCUAUCGUCGCUACGCCACGACUCAAUGCCCAAACGAGGUGACAUGGAUCAUUCGUAUUGCAAUUCUACAGCAAUUGGGCGCCACGUUGCGCACUGAAGAGUCGUGGUGGUCACAUGAAUUCCGAGAAUUCGUGUGGUACACACACAAUUUAUUUACGCCCGGCGGCCGAGCCGAAAGGGCUACUAACGCUAGUCUAGCUUUACACUUCCUAUGCUACGUCUUGGUCUCCUUAGCCCAUAUGUCUUCUUUUGCCCACUUCUUUAUAUAG